AUGGGGGCAGGUCGUUGGUUCGACUUCACUGAUGCAUCGCUGAAGGGCGACAAUCGCUGGGCUCAAGCAUCACGAUGGACUGGCUAUGCGGCGCCACUUGUACUGAGCUUGCUCGUGCUCAGCAUCAUUCAGAUUGUGCUGGGUGUUCUCAUCAUCGUGGACAAGGACACUGAUCUGACCUUUGGCGGCGUUAUCCAGACCCUUAUUGUUCCUGGCUUAUCCUUUUUCAACGCCAUCCCUUCCGCCCAUCUCCACAUCCUCGCCCGAUCUAACGUUCCCAAAAUGGCCAUCUGCUUUUCGAUUCCUCUCUCCAUUAUUUAUCUGGUCUCUUCGAUCGUGUACCUGGCUUCAGGGUGCUUCAGCAAGUCAGCCCUCAAUGACGCCGCAAACCACCGCCAUGUAUCGGAACUGCACAGGAACGAAUGCCCGACCGUUUCUAUGCAGACGACGUGGGACGUCAUGGUGGCGUUACAAUUGUUAAGCGGUGUCUUCUACGCGAUCCAUGCGGCGAUGGCCACCAAGGUCCAUUUCUAUCACAAGAAAAAAGCACGAGCGAUUGCGGACGGCACGCUGGUGGAAGAAGUUGACAUGGAGGCAAAGGCUCGUCGGGAGCAGGAGGCCAGAGACCGUUGGCAGAGAAUUGUGGACCUCUAA